GCCACUUCUCCUGUACAGCUUCUUUUUUUAUGUGGCUAAACAUGAAAUUUACGAGGAGGGACGAAGACUUUGCGGCCGCUUCAAGGCUCCUAUUCCAGGAGAAAGGAUUAAACCCCGCAGAGAGCCUCACAACGGACCGGCAGCAGCCACUUUUAGGAUUGUAACGUUUUCCGCAGCCCGAUGAGUCGCUUCAGUUCCACAGGAAAGCAGAAAAAUAACAGAAACUGAUGUUUCAUUGAACUGAAGGGCCGGGGAAGUAAACAGAAAGAGUGUUUGGGUCUCAGCGACACUGACCAGCGCCUCUACAUCUUGGAGCACCUUGAGGACCUGCUGAGGCUGCAGGAAGGCCAGAACCAGGAGUUGAACCGCCUGCCACCAUAAGGCUUCUACCACCUUACACCCGACCACCUUCACCCACAACAACAGCAUCCACCCCAUCUUUAUGCUCACCCUCACCAAGCCCCGCCCAGGCCUCGUGGUGGGCCCGCAGCAGCAUCACAGUAUGAGCAGCUGUUGCCACUGAUGCCCCUGGGAGAGCGCAGUGAGAACAGCCACACAGCUGAGCAACAGCUAAGCAAAACAGACCAACUGAAGUCCGGCCAAGUGAACAGAUGUGGCAGCGUAGAUGAAAAAUGUUUCGGAAAAAAGCAUCUUCCUCCUUGAGAAUGAGAAGAAUAACAGAAAGCGCUAGAUGGAGCAUUGACCGUGGGCGGAGCUUGUCCUUCCAUGAGGUGCGUGGCCAACGGGAGGCAGAGAUGAGGGCCGCAGCUGAUGAGUCGUCCAACAGCAGCAACAGUGUAGGAGGUGGUGGCAGCACCGUCCUGCAGCGCCUCCUGCAGGAGCAGAUGAACCGGAAUUACGUGCUGCAACAGCAGCAGCAACAACAUCAACACCAGGGAGGAGGGGGAGGGGGAGGAGGUUAUCCAGGACAGGGACAGGUAGGCCCUUCUGAUGAUCACUCCAUGACCCCCCACAUUGCCCGUCAGGAACCCCAGGGACAGGAGCUGCAGACGGACAACGGCCUGGAGAAGCUGGGCUCCACCAGAGUUGGAGGAGGGGGUGGCAGCAGUGGAGGUGGGGGAGGUUUAUCGACUGGAGGAGGCAGCGGAGGUGGUGGGAGCAGCCAAGGGCAGUGCCUGAACCCAGAGGACCUCCCUACCUACGAAGAGGCCAAAGUGCAGUCACAAUAUUUCCGUGGUCAUGGGCCUCCUCCUCAGCCUCAGCAGCAGAACAACCAGCCCCAGCAGCCUUCUCUCCCUGCCUCGGUGGGUGCUGCCUUCUACGUCACUGGGAUGACCAGCGGCAAGGUGCGCACUGAGGGUCGCCCCACAGUGCAGCGAGUGAACGGCGCGGGGAAGGUGCACCAGGAUGAUGGGCUUAAGGAUCUGAAGCAAGGACACGUUCGGUCUCUCAGCGAACGACUAAUGCAGCUCUCCCUGGCCACAAGUGGUGUGAAGGCCCAUGCCCCUGUCAAUAGCGCCCCACUCUCCCCCCUGUUGCCCCCCCCAGGGCCGCCAGGCGACUACUACAAACCACAGCAUCGUGGCCCACCUCCAGACUAUCCCUUCAAAGGAAUGGGCUCACCUACUAAGCAGCAGGAGCCUGGAGGCCAUUUUUACCAGGAGCAGAGAGGGAGGGAGCACUCAAGGGAGGUGCCCCACGUUCGAUACCAGCCUCCACCUGAGUACGGCUCAUUCAGGUCUAGUAAAGAGGGAUCGGUCCAUUCCCAGAGGCCCCUUCACCAGCACAGUCCCACCUCCUCCGUCACCUCUGUGGGCUCCUUGUCCCGCACCCAGUCCUCCACUCUCAGCAGCAUGCUCAGUCCCUCCCACUCCUCACAUCCCUCCUUCCCUCACCAGCAACCACAUAACCAGGGAGAACCCUUUCCCAGCAUGGGGCCCCGCAAUACACAGGGUCCCGGUUCCCACCAAGCAAGCGAGCCCUUUACUCUGGGGCCCAUUCACCCGACACCACCAAGAGGUCACGGUUUCCCUCAUGACCCCUACGGCUCCACCCCACGGAUGCACCAUCAGCAGCAGCAGCAGCAGCAGCAGCAGCAGCAGCACCACCACCACCACCAUCAGUAUCAGCAGCAGCAGCAGCAGCAGCAGCAGUACCAAGGACCUCCACAUCCCCACCUCCAGCCGCCAGUCCAGGUCGGACAUUUCCCCCACCCGCACUCCUACUCCCACAUGCAGGGGGAGCCCUUUGCUAUGAUGGCGCGCGCACACCAGAUGGCAGAUGUGCUGGCAGAGGAGAACAGGAUGCUGAGACAGGAGAUGGAGGCCUGCCGCGAGAAGGUCACCAAGUUGCACAAGUUGGAAACAGAGAUCCAGCUGGUGUCAGAGGCCUAUGAAAACCUCGCCAAGUCCUCCUCCAAGAGGGAGGCCCUGGAGAAAACCAUGAGAAACAAGCUGGAGCUGGAGGUGCGCCGGCUGCAUGACUUCAACAGGGACCUCCGAGAGCGCAUGGAGACGGCCAAUAAGCAGCUUGCUGCUAAAGAGUGUGAUGGCUCAGAGGACAACCGCAAAACCAUCUCCCAACUGCUUGCACAGAACAAAGAGACGCUGCGUGAAAAGGAGAAGCUGGAGAUGGAGUUAAAUGCGUUGCGCUCUACCACAGAAGACCAGAGAAGACACAUUGAGAUCAGAGACCAGGCGCUCAACAACGCCCAGGCCAAAGUGGUCAAGCUGGAAGAGGAGCUGAAGAAGAAGCAGGUUUACGUGGAGAAGGUGGAGAGGAUGCAGCAGGCCCUGGCUCAGCUCCAGGCAGCCUGUGAGAAGAGAGAACAACUCGAGCAUCGACUCCGUACAAGACUGGAGAGAGAGCUGGAGUCGCUACGCAUGCAGCAGCGUCAAGGAUUCUCCCAAAGCAGUGGUGCAGUCCCAUCAGAGUACAACGCCACAGCACUGAUGGAGCAUCUGAGGGAGAAGGAAGAGCGGAUCCUGGCUCUGGAGGCCGACAUGACCAAGUGGGAGCAGAAGUACUUGGAGGAGAGCGUAAUGAGGCAGUUUGCCCUGGAUGCCGCCGCCUCUGUUGCCACUCAGAGGGAUACAUCUGUAGCAGUGAUCAGCCAUUCUCCCAGCAGCAGCUAUGACACAUCGGUUGAGGCUCGAAUCCAAAAGGAAGAAGAGGAGAUUCUCAUGGCCAAUCGGCGCUGUCUGGACAUGGAGAGCAGGUAAUGCACACUCGACAUACAUGCAGCCUCCCUGAGACCUGGAUAUGUUAAUAUAAAUGCAUGGAAACUAAUAACAGCCUGGUAAAUAUUCAUUUUUCUUGGGAACGUUAUCUCAUGAAGUUUCUCGACGAUGAUGAGUUUUUCUUUUCAGAGUGAUAUAGUGGAUACAGUUACUGGUUUAACAAAAGGAUCUUACUCUAGGUCUAUCUCAGUAAAGAUCCUUCCUGCGGUCCGUCCCAAUGUUGUCAGACACUGGUAAUAACAUUCUGAGUCUGUCAGUGGCAAAAGCACUUUAGUGGAUGUACUUUGACAGGACACAAUUGCCCUCAAGGAUUAUAUUACAGUCCUGUUUUGCUGCUGCCGGCUGCAGCGGACUGAAAGAUACCAAAGUUACCCUUUAACAAGUACAGAAACCAAUCAUAUGGCUAGCUACAUGGCUGUGUAAUGUAU